AUGACAUAAGAAACUUUUAGUCUAAAAUUUGAGAAAUAUUUCGAUUUGUUUGAUGAAACUUUUUCUUUAAAUCCAUAAACAAUAACAAUUUCAGAAAAUGGAAAAUAUAUUCUUUAUCGUCAUGGAACCUAUACGAUUAAUAGUUAACAUACUGUUAUUAGCUCUGAAGGAAAAGUUAUGUUUCAGAUUUCUGGGAUUGUUUAAGCCUGCUUUUCUUAAGAUUCUUAAUUUUUACUUUUUUCUUAAAGGACAAAUUAAAAUUAAAUAGAUCUUUGUCUUCUGAAUUGUGAAAUAGAACAACUUAUUUGGAAAAAAUCAUUCAUUUGUAGUGACUUUGAAAAAGAUUCAAUAUUCUCAAUUUAAAUAAACAAGAACAAUUAAUUUGCAAUUAUAAGCACUAAUUUUUAAAGAUAUUUUCAUGUUUCAAUUGAUGGUACAUAUAAAGAAAUUACUUUAAAAUAAUUUUAACCUAUGAAAUACUUUGAUUAAUUAAAAUUCUUAGAUCUAGACUCAUAUAUUAUAGGUAAAAUAGAUUCAACUUAAAGAGAGAAAAAAUAUUCUUAUUUUUUUACAUAUAAGGAUAAUAAAUUGAUUUUUAAUUGGAAAAUUGUUGCUUCAAAAAAUUAAAGAUUUGAAAUUCAAAAUAAAUUUUUGAUCAUCCUCAAAGAUGUUACUAAAUUUUCUUUAAGAUUAACAACAUCAGGAAAGCUAUUAAGAAAUAUUUUAGUUAAUUAAGAAGAACCCUCUCAUUUUAUUUACUUUAAUAAAGUAUUUUAUCAAUUAGCUGAAUUAAACUUAAUUAAGUAUGAUUUAAUUAGAGGGAAAAAAAUUCAAAUUUAAUGUUAAAUGCCAAGGAAACAUUAAAACAAUUUAGAUCAUUUAAGAAAAGAUUAAAAUAUAAUUCGAGCGAAUACUUAUGAUGAAGGUUUCACCCAAAGAUUAGAAUUUUUUAGGUUAAAAUAAUUAUAGAAAUGA